GUUCGUGAGCGCACGGCGGCAGUUCGUCCGGCAUCACCGUCGUCAACGGUUAUCGUCGCGUCCCGUGUGCCACUGUGCGUCUGUUCGUCCGUCCGUGCGCGCGAUCGUUUUCAUCGAGUCCAUGUGCGUCUGAUUCGUCGCCGCGCAUUGUUGUGAAGUGCGGUCCGUGUAAAUAUAUUUUCUCGUCGGUUUAGUUGUUUUUUUUUUUUUUUUUUUAAAUUGUUUUUGUUUUCCCGAAACGCCGUCGCUGUGGAAAUCACGCACGUCGUCGUCGACACUCGCCGCACAACGGAUACGACAAACCUUAGUGUCUCGACUCUACCGACGAAUUUCCCGCCAAAGCCGAAAUUAUUGCGGAAUUCAAUCAUAAUUCAAUAUUUGAAACAUAUCGAUUAAUUUGAAUUCAAGGAAAUCACUAUGCACUCGAUACAUGCUUAAUAAAAUGUAAUUGGAAUAUGGAACUUUACGAUAUCGGAUGGCAAGGAGUGGGAGCAACCAUUAGAUCGUCGGAUCGUAGCCGCCAGCUUUGAGACGUGUUGACUGUUGACGUCAUUGACAUCAUACACAAGUGCCAGCUGUUAUGCGUAAGCAAUGAUCUACCUUUAUACAUUGAUCACGCUGCUGUUGUGGGCGCCCAUCGUGUCACACUCGGCAUCCGAAUUGGACUGGGUCACUGUGUGCAACCAGCAGACGUGCCGGUGCAAAUGGGUCAGUGGCCAGAAGACGGCUGAGUGCAUCAACUCGGGUCUCACCAGCAUACCGAAGAACCUGAGCAAUGAGAUGCAGGUGCUCGAUCUGUCCAACAACAAAAUAUUGGAGAUGAACAAAGAUGUGUUCCGGGAGGUAGGCUUGAUUAACCUACACAAGCUGAUCGCCCGCAGUUGUUCAAUCGAACUUGUCGACAAGGACGCAUUCCGUGGCCUGGAGAUACUCAUCGAGCUGGACCUGAGCGACAACAAUAUUCACGUACUGCACCCGGCCACAUUCCGGGAUCCGUUCCGGUUACGCAAGAUUUACCUGAACCACAACCUUAUACAGCGAUUACGGAACGGCCUUUUCAACAAUAUGUCAUUCCUGCAGACAGUUGAACUUAACGCGUGCCUGAUUACGGAUAUUGAGCCCAAAACGUUCUACAACGUCACCAAAUUCAACAGCUUAGAGCUGAACGGCAACCAGUUGACUAAUAUCAAGUCGGAGGUCCUAGAGUCCGUGCCCAGUCUAAUAAACUUGGAAAUCACCAACAACCCGUGGCGAUGUGACUGCAAGCUUAGGCCUUUUAUGAACUUGGUUAUGAAUAAAAACCUCUACUUCAAAACAGCAUCGUGCGCCGAACCACCGAGACUGUUGAACAAGCUGUGGGGUGACAUUAAACCUGAUGACUUUGCAUGUCAGCCGGUCAUCCAGUAUCCCGCCCAGAGUUCCACAUUUCAGCUAGAUGACGACGAGCUAAUGACUAUCGGUUGUAAGAUUUACGGAGAGCCGAUGCCCAGCGUCCAGUGGGUGUUCAACAACCGGCCCAUAUCGAAUUACUCGCACGGCGAUUACAAAUUCACUGUAUACGAGAGCGUGGACAACACUAUGGCCAAGUGGAUAAAUCUGACCGUGUCCCGGUCCCGGUUGAUUGGCAAAUCCGAAUUCAAAUGCAUCGCGCAAAACCCUGCCGGAUUAGAAGAGCGCAAAAUCACCGUCAUCGUUCAGGGCAGUAGUAACAAAAGCAUCCUGGGUGGUUCUGUCAGCAUGAAAGAAUCGCUACCCAUCAUCAUUGGCCUGGUAGCCGGAAUUUUCAUCAUCAUCCUGUUGUUAAUUGUGUGCUGUCUAUGCUGUUACCGACGUCGGCCGGCGGGCGGUGGUGUGCUGUCGAAAAAAUCGCACGCCAACGGCUUUUCAAACGGCGACGUGCCCAACCAUCACAAUCAUGUCACGUCGCUAGUGUCCGAGCCAUCUGAACAGCAAAAGAGCCUUUUGGCCGUCGUGAAUCCGGUUCAAAAGCCGCCCAGAAGAUAUGAAUCGUCACCUACCGGUACCGAAAUGACUGAACUGAAGAGGAAUUUACUAGACGAGACAUCCGUCAGCGGCGAUGCUGACGAACAAUUUUACGGCGAGUCGGGUGACGAGCUGGCCAACAUCAUCGACAGCAGCGGCAUAAGCGGCGGCGUGGGCAACGGCCGUUCGUACCGGAAGGGCACGCACCCACCGGACCUGUUGGCGUUCCCCCGGGGAAGCGGUGGCGGCGGCGGCCACAGUUCGCCGGCCGGCAGCGUGGUGUCCACCGUCCCGUCGUUCCAGUCGCCGUUGCACAGUCCCAUCUACUCGGGAACGCUGCCGUACAAUCGGUCCCAGUCGCCGUUCAACUCGCGUCCCGCUCAGCCGCCGGCCGGUUACGUGACCAUUCCGCGGCGGCCGCGCGUGCCCAGCUGGGCCAGCAGCACCGGCGUCGGAGGCGCGUCCGCGUCCACGCCCACCGCCGGCCACUUGGACGACCCGCUGGGCGUGGGCCGGCUGUGCGAACCCGUGUACGACAAUCUGGGCCCGCGGACCACGGCCGACGGUAGUUCGGUGCUCUCGCUGACCAAAGCGGUGGCCGACUCGCCGGGGGCAGCCGUGCACAGGCCCAAGCCGCAAUACAGUCAGACGCUACCGCACAAGACCAAGCUGCACGGCAGCGGCGGCGGCGGUGGACAUCGCGGUCCGAGAUUCAACCCGGACGACGUGCAGGACAUCCGCAGAGUACCGUCGCCGGCGCCCAGAUCGCCGGACAAGGGGCCACCGUCGCAGGUGUCCGGCCUGCCGCAGCACAACGCGCUGCCGCCCAACUAUUCGCCGCUGGUGGAGAUGGACGCGAGGAACCGGAGCAGCUGGGCGCCGAGCCGAGUGGGCACUCCGGAGUCGGGCGUGCUCAAGCCGGCCAGCCAGACGAGCGUCAAGCGCAAGGUGCCACCCAAACCGCCUCCAAAGCCCAAAAUGAAGGGCGGCCCGUUGUUCGAGGACGAAGGCGAGGACGGUACCGAAGUCUAAGGUCCGUCCCGUCCCCUCCUCGCGCGUGCCACACGAACGAAUCCUCUGUACUUCCACGAUGAUAAUACAUAAUAUAUAUCUCUAUAUAAUAUUAUAUGUUAUUAUACGUACUCGUAUUUUGUUCUUAUAUACAUCAAUUAUAUUUACAUGUAUAUCGAUAACAUGCUAAUAUUUUUUUUCUCUCUUUUUUUUUUUUUGUUCGUUCACUCAUCAUAAGGCGUUGUACAUUUUUUUUGUUUUUCCAUAUACUUUUCGGCGGUUAUAGUCGUUUCAUUCUUUAUUUUAUUUUUUGUCCUUCCCACACAAAGUUUUUUAUAAAAAUAAUUUAUAAAGAAACAAUUGAAGCGUGUUAUAGUUAUAUAUUAUAUCGCGGUGCCGUCGUCGUCGUCGUAUAGUGUGAUUGUGCACGAUAUAGGUACCCAGUGUUUUUUUUGUUUCGUUUAAAAAAGUUUAUACAAAGAUUACCUCCUACCGAAGUUUUUAUGCGCAUACAUUAAUAAAUAAUUGAAGAACGCAUAGUGCGUUAGCCCCUCGGAUAUCAGUGGGAGUCCGAUUUAUAAAAAUCAAUGAAAAAUGCAUGCCCCUCGUGUAGGCCUAACCCACGUAACGACGUAUUGCGCACACAAUGUUGAAUAUAUUCUAUGAUAUGAGGCUGCUGGUUUUUGGAUUGGACGUGUUGUGUACUAAGAUAGUAUAUUUUAUUGUGUUGUAUUUUUUUUUUUUUUGUAUAUCUAUUUAUGUUGGUAAUAUUAUGUUUCUAUGAAUGAAUCAAUUUCGAUUUUGUCACUGUCA